AUGCAUGCAGUGGAUGUUGACCUGCAAGCAGUUAUUGUAGAUCAAAAAGGUGUGAUAAUAGAUGCGGCUUACUACAACAACAUGAAGGCCUUGAGGUGCGUCACGCACUCCGGAGACGAACAGACCGGAGAGAAGACGGGCAUGGAUGAGACCGUUUGGGUGAUGAUGCAGAGGAUCCCUCAGCAGGUGAAACUGAUCAUCUUUGUGGUUGCUGCACACAACCGUGGGCAGCUUAAGGAUGUGACGAACGGCGUCAUCCACGUCUUGGAGGAUGUUCCUGGCAAUGAAGUUGCGAGCUAUCGGAUGGAACAGAGCCCGAAGGAGGUUGAUGCGGUGCUCAUGAUGAUUCGGUCCGAGUCCGGGGAUUGGAACCUCCGUGUUUUGGACGAGCCUGCUCAGCCAGGCAGGCACUUCAUGGAUAUCCUCGAGCCCACACUGGGUAACUUGAUCCGGACACAGAUUCCUGGAGCACCAAAGCGGCAGAAGGUGGCUUUUGCCAUGGAAAAGGGAUCGAUGGUGGAGCUCCCGCAAAGCUCAGAGCUUGGCAAAGUCACUGCCGGCCUUGGAUGGGAUGUGAAAGCCGGACCUGGCCCAGAUGUGGACUUGGAUGUUUCCGUAGUUUUCUUCUCAGCAGACUGCCAUCAAUUGGGAGCAGUGUUCUUUGGGAAUCAGGAGGAGUUCGGCGUCGUUCAUAGCGGUGACAACUUGACAGGCGAAGGGAGUGGUGACGACGAGGUCAUAACCGUGAACUUGUCGGCCAUACCAGAACGGGUCACGCAGAUGAUCUUCUCCGUGAACAUAUACACCCCAAACAUCACCUUUGACCGAGUCUCCAACGCGUAUUGUCGCAUGUGCAGCCAGGAUGGAACAGAGCUUGCGCGAUACGUCCUGCGGGAGGCCCAGGGUGAGACUGGGCUUCUCAUUGCCCGGCUCAUGCGAGAGCCGGGGCCAAGCCGCUGGGGCUUCCAGGCGAUUGGUACCUUCUGCAAGGGUCGAACAUGGAAAGACUCCUUGAGAGAUAUGGACCCGGUUGUUCGAGCCACAGCCCGCCAAGUGCAAAUGGUCACCAUGCAGUCCACUGCUGACAUGGAGCCAUCCGCAGCAACUGGCUCUGCGGACCGCCCCAUCCUGGCUACCGUGGUCUCAGGGCCUGCAGAUCAGAAGAAAGACUGCACGGUGCAGUGA